CCUCUCCGCCUGCUUAGACUGAGAGGGGUUCCCCUUACCGACAGAGCGCACAGAACAAGAGAGGCUGACAGAGGCUGUUAAUGUGUCAAAACUCGGACAACAACGAGGAAGUGCGGCAGAGGGCCGAGUGAACAGACCGCCUGAACUCAGAGAGCGUCCGAAACCGUCUGAAAGUGAAAUGACUGGAUUUGAAGGUUGAAGUUGGAAGAAACUCUGCGCCUCCCGUCGUGCGCUCUCGCGACGGAUUUAGGUCUCCAAUGCCCAAAGAGUGCAGGAGAAAGACCUCCAAGGACUUGGGGCUCUGUGGGACCGGGCUGGUAAACGAGGGGUCUCGCUCGGAGCGAAGGGCAGCCGGGAAGUCGUCCCAGAUCUGCGAUGAGCUCCUUCAGAAAGCCGCUCAAAUCGGUCCGUCGUCUUCGUCGUCCGCAACCGGAGCGCCGACUGUGAUGAUGGAUGCGCGCCGGGUACCGCAGGUCACCAUCACCCCGGAGGGAGGCGGCUCCUCCCGGGAGAUUCAGCAGGAGGACUGGGACGAUGCGGUGGACGGCACCCUGCGGAGGAAACUGUCCAACUCCUCCAUCUCCUCCACGGGCUCCUCGGCCGUGGAGUCCGAGGACGACUUACUCAGUGACAACGAGAGCAAAAGCAAAGGCAUCAUAACUUUAGAGCAUCUGGUGGACGCUGGAGAGAGCAAGCCGUGGUGGAAGUUAAAGACAAUCGUUCACUGGCCCUUCAGCGCUACCCAGAGGAGAAAACUGAACUGGGUUCAGCUCGCUGGGCAUAAAGGUAACUUUAAAGCGGCAGAUGAGGGCACCAUUCUGAAAAAGUUCUCAGAAAAUGAGAUGCAGUGUUUUGAGAAGCUGAGGGGUGACGCGCUGCUCCCGUUUGUGCCCGGUUACCACGGCGUCGUGGAGAAAGACGGAGAGUCUUUCCUCCAUAUGACUGACCUGCUGGCAAACUUUGACCUUCCCAAUGUAAUGGACUGUAAGAUGGGAGUGAGGACGUACUUGGAGGAGGAGCUUGUCCGAGCGCGAGAGCGGCCCAAGCCGAGGGAGGACCUAUACAAGAAAAUGGUGGAGGUGGACAGCGAGGGGCCGACCCCCCAGGAGCAUUCUCAGCGGGGCGUCACCAAGCCUCGCUACAUGCAGUGGAGGGAAACCAUGAGCUCCACCAACACCCUGGGCUUCAGGAUAGAAGGGAUCAAGAAAUGUGACGGCACAUGUCGAACUGACUUCAAGAAAACCAGAUCGAAGCAGGAUGUCGUCCAAGUGUUUGAGGACUUUGUUGGAGGGAACGUAAACAUCUUAAAGUCUUACCUGUGCAGACUGAUGGAGAUCCAGCAGGCCCUCAAGACAUCAGAGUUCUUCAAGCGACAUGAGGUCAUCGGCAGCUCUCUCCUCUUUAUCCACGACCACACCGGCAAUGCACAGGUCUGGAUCAUUGACUUUGGUAAGACCACAGUGUUACCAGAGGGACAGACGUUGAACCACGAUAUUCCCUGGCAGGAGGGCAACCGAGAGGAUGGUUACCUGUGGGGGCUGGAAAACCUCAUCCACACACUGGAGUCUGUAGGCAACAAUGGGGCCGGUGAAGAAACCUGUUGCUCCGUUACCAAAGAAAAUAACCAGCCUGUAGAGACAGAUGGGCAGUGACCUUUGACUUAUAAAUGUGUGUGAGGAACUCAAACUAUUUUAAUGAACACCACAGAGAGACAGGUUUCAUGUAUGUUGAUUUGCUUCCAUGAGCGUUGUUAAAGAGAAGAAAUGAUAGAAGAAGGAACGUUUUGUGUGGCUCAAGAAGAGUUUCAUCAAGCUCUUCAUCAGUGUGCAGAUCAGAUUAACACCAACACCCACAGUAAUCAAAGGCUGUUUUUCACCAUUUCAAACAACAAGUGGUCACAUUUGUCACUGAGAGGUUUGGUACUCACACUGACAGGAAAGAUGGGAGGGACACUGAGCAGAGAGGAGAGUUUGUCACUAGUUUGAGCAAAUGAACUGACACUAAUCCAACUUCCUACAAAAUGAACAGAAGUGAAAGUGGAGGCUUUCUGCAUUUCAGUUUCAGGGAUGGGAUGUUGCAUGUAAAGGCAAAUGCUCAUAAAAUCCCAAUUAAAUUGAGGAGAGUCAAGUCACCAAACUCAGUCUCACUUCAUAAAACCUACUGUAACCAUCACCACCCCUGAUGUUACAAACCUGAGUGUGAUAUUAAAGCACAAUUUCUUUUCAGCAUGAAACUCUGAGACUGGGUCACACACACCUCUUAGUCUUAUGACUACAUUAAAAACACAUGCUCAGUGCAGUGCUGUGUAAUGAUCAGACUGUGUCAUCAGUGUCACUGCUUUGAUAAACUGUCACAUGUUGUGUAUCGAUGUAUAUUUCUUUCACUGAUUUUAUUCCUGUAAUCAAAGUUAAAUAUUUUCAUUUCUUGUGCAAAACUUGUUGGAUACAGAUGCUGCACUGUUUGUUACAGCACAUUUUCUUUUGAUCUGGGUCUUAUCAUUCCUCAGAAUAUGACAUAUGGUGUGUGAAUGAAAUGAAUGAACAUCUACUUGGAAUUAAAAGGGGACAAUACA